AUGAGCACGGCGGCGCUGCGGGCGGACGCUGCGGGCGACUCGACGCCCGGCUCCGACGUCGGCGAGCGCAUCACUCGCCUCUUCCCCAAGUGCCGCCCUAAGAACAUGCAGCACCAACACGAAAGGUUAGAAGCCGCUAAAGCCUACAUUACCCCUGUUUCUAGAGCAAAGCGCAAAAGCACAAUGUGUUUUGUGGUGAAAUUCAAACUAAACUCCGGGCUGGAGGGGCGGGAGAACGAUGUCAACAACUCCUCCGACGAGGGGGGGGAGGGCCAGCUAGUCAUUCUAAACUCUAAAGGCGGUACUUACAAACUGAGGGACUCUAGGAUAAUAGAAAUAGCGGGAGGCCGCGAGAUAUACUCGCAGAGUCGCACUAAGGCCGUGCGCAAACUGCGGCAUAACAACACGCACAAACACAACAUGAGGAAUAAAGUGCGGUCUCUUAACAAAGACACCGUAGACUAUGCCACAGAGAACAUCCCAAAUGAGAUAUCACUACAUAGACUAAACAGCGAACCCAAGAAAAUGGUAUCUCGCCACACAUCACCAACUUAUACGAACGGAGAAAGGGAUCAAGUAAUCGAACCAAACACCAUGGGGAUACCUAAAAACAGCUCACCCAUAUUGGAUCCCCAUAAAACCAAUGAUGUCAGCUCUAAAAGUAGUCCCAUAGCGGUUGUUGCUGACGGGGAAGUAGUAGUCUUUGACGACAACGAUGAUUGGAAAGUGAUAUUGAAUUCUGUGUCUCUAGGUUUGAGGACGGAACCGGAAGUUAGUGACGAUGAGAUAGAUAUGAGUGUUAAAAGAACUUUAGACAAUAUUAAAAAUGGUGAUAGUGAUAUUUUGAACAAUAAGAGUGAACUUAGUUGUGAUGGAGAAAGUGAGUCGUCUCCAUCUAGGGAAGAUGUGAGGUUAAGUGAUGCUAGCCCCUCGGGGGUGUGGUUAUCUGGUGAUGAAGAUAAAAGCAGGGUGACUAGAGUAAUAGGGGAACUGCCUAUAGCUGAAUAUGAAGGUUCGCCGCGGAGAUACGGCAUUGUCUCUCAAAAGACGUGUAACAGAUCGCCUCGACCUGGAUUUCCACAGCGAGUGGUUACGGAAAGUAGAGAUGUCUCGCCUCCCUCAGGAUCGGCGGCAUUCGAUUAUUUAUAUGAGUUCUCGGAGACGAGGAAGGUGCUGGAGGAGUUCUUCAGGUGUCCCGCCAUAUCUGGUCACGCACAACUCAACGUCAACGAUGAAAUCGUUAAUUUCCAGGAUUUGGACUAUGAGUUGAGGAGACAAACGCAAGACUGUCCGUCUGAGAACGGCCUAGAGGCCGGCAGCGAGUCUGACUGGCCUCACGUCACAGACACACUAGACUCCCCACACACAGCUCAUAAUCACACCAACUUCUUGGGGCUUCAGCAACAGCGACCUCUAGCGCGAUACGCCGAGCCGAAUGUAUCGGAGCUAAGUGUGGGCGCAGCAUGGAGCGGGUCCGCGUCUCCCGCCGCCCCCGCCAGGAGGGACAGAGACAGAGUACCGUUCGCCCUCUCAUCCGACACCAGCGACACUGGCAGCGACCUCUCCCUCAUGAUCAUGGAAAACGAGCUGCAGGAGAUGAAAGCUAACUCUAUACAAAUGGACACCCGCGUGGUGGUGACACAUUUGCCAGUAGUGGAGGACGGUCUAUCGUCUGGACACGCGUCAGAUACAGACAAUAAUAACCAGAAUCAUACGGUGAUAAUAGAAGAGAUCAUAGAAAAUGGAACGAGUGGUGAGACUCAUGCGCCACUCUCGGAUGCGGACCUGCAUACACUAGAUCCUUUAGUUGGCUACUGGAUAGGAGGACCCGGCGGCCAUUUCUGGAGGGUUUGGGUGUUCCUGCGACCUCCAGAUGAGUUCUCACGCCCUAAAGAUGUGUACGUGUGUGCAGUGUGCAGUGAAGUGCCGCCGCCUCCGCCGGCGCCGGCGCCGCACCGGCCCGCGGACGCCGCGCACGUCAUGCACGCGCACGCGCCGCACGCGCCGCACGCACCGCACGCGCCGCACACGCCGCAUCACCACCACGCGCCGCACCACGACGACGUCUACCCGCCCAGAAAAAGGCCAUCUUCCGCUCAAAGUACUGAAUCAGUGGAAAUCAAACCUGCUAGUGGCGAUGAAGAUGAAGCGGACACAGACCUAGAGACUGAUAGAUUACUGGGCCAGCAAAGGACCGACGACCAAGGCUUUUUCGACGAUAAGGUAAAAUAUAUAAUAGAUAAUCAAAUUAUUUUAAUGAAUGAAAACUGUUAA